CGGACAUCAUUUAUUACGACGUUCUACAAUAGAAGACGUAUCAACUUGAGCCUUGGUACUAUAUAUCUAACAUGUUUUAUAAAUGACAAAAAUAUUCUUCUACUGUAUUUGACAUUACACUUUGUACUUGAACCGAUAAAUUUAAAAUGAUACAGUGUAGAGUGUUCCCAGUGUUGGUAUUAGUUGCCGUGUACAUGUUCAGUUUUAUAGGAGAAUCUUUCGGAAGGCAAAUAUAUGGAAAUUGUGAAAAGUAUGCAGUUAUGGAAACGAAACCUAUUCUUAGGAAUGGCGACAGGUUUUGCAUAACAGAAGGAAGAUAUGUGUAUUGUAAAGAAUUUGCGUGUACAAUCACAAAAUGCUUUAAGCCAGUUGUUCCAUAUCAUGGAUGUCCAUAUUGUGAAGGUACUUGCAGCUACGGAGGAGCCAUUUAUCAAGUUAAAGAUAGAUUUGCUUGUUUGGAUGGAGUAAAUCACUGUUUUUGUGGCGGCAAAAAUAGCAUAGGAUCUACAAAAAUUGGCACUAAUUCAAGAUCUAUGUGCUUUAAAAUGCAAUGAAGCUGAUGGAUAAACAUACACGAAGGAAAGCGAAUCGUUUAAAAAAGAUGAACAUUAUUUUUUUCUUUCCUUCUUGUUGUUUUCAUAAUAAAUUAUGAAUUUCA